AAACCAUUUUCCAAUUUUCAGAAAAAAUAGAAAUUUUCCCGGAUACCUGAGUCUCUCUCCCAUCGGUAGCUCCGAAAGAAAACUGAGGAGCCCAAAAGAUUUUGCUCCUCCAAUCCAAAUCCAAAAUGGCUCAAAGUGGAAGACGCACAACCAUUCUUGAUUCUCUCGGUGAAGAAAUCGUCAGAAUCAUCACCCCAGUAUCAAUCUGCAUGUUUUUUGUGGUUGUCCUUGUAUCUGUACUCAACACUGGCCCAGAUUCCUCGCCGCCGUCGUUUUCUACCAUAGCCACCGCCGCUUACUCCGAGAGCAGCUCAGACUCAGCGUGGGACAAGCUGAAAGGUGCCCUUUUGAAUGCCCUCAUUUUCAUCGUUGUAGUUACUAUUGCGACCUUCAUCCUCGUACUGCUGUUCUAUUACAGAUGCACCAGUUUCUUGAAAUACUACAUGGGUUUCUCUUCGUUUCUGGUCUUGGCGUUCAUGGGCGGUGAAAUCUCACUCUUCUUGAUCCAAGAUUUCAGCUUUCCUAUCGAUGUUGUUACUUUUUCUUUGGUUUUGUAUAAUUUUACCGUGGUUGGUGUUCUAGCUGUGUUUCUGUCAAAAAUGGCAAUUCUUGUCACACAAGGGUACUUGGUUCUCAUUGGAAUGUUGGUUGCUUAUUGGUUUACAUUAUUGCCCGAAUGGACUACAUGGGUGCUUCUUGUUGCAAUGGCAUUGUAUGAUCUCGCAGCAGUUUUGCUGCCCGUGGGUCCUUUGAGGCUAUUGGUUGAACUUGCAAUAUCAAGAGAUGAGGAUAUCCCUGCUCUGGUUUAUGAGGCCAGGCCAAUCGUCAAUCAUGAUUCUCUUCCGAGGGGAACUGUCAUACAAAGGAGGGUUUGGAGAGAAAGAUUAGGGACUGAAUCGAAUCCGGGUUCCAGUUCUAGUUUAGAUUCAAAUCAAAUAAAUGUAAAUGAUCAACAUGAAGUGAUUACUAGAGAUUAUUCUGAACUAACUGUGCCAUUGAUUAAUCCACAAGAGGUUUCUGGUGAUGGGGCUGAAGGAAUCGGGUUAGGAUCGUCGGGUGCAAUCAAGUUGGGGUUGGGAGAUUUCAUUUUCUACAGCGUAUUGGUUGGAAGAGCAGCCAUGUAUGACUAUAUGACGGUAUAUGCUUGCUACCUUGCUAUAAUAGCUGGGCUAGGCAUUACUCUCAUGCUUCUUGCUUUUUAUCAGAAAGCUUUGCCUGCUCUGCCUGUGUCCAUCUUGUUAGGCGUGCUGUUUUAUUUCUUAACUCGGUUUUUACUUGAGGCUUUUGUUGUACAAUGUUCUGUCAACCUGUUGAUGUUUUAGAAAUACAUACUCCGUAUGUUAGUUGCUUCUAUGAUGAAUGAAUCUGUGUGUGCUCUUGAAGUGAUUUAUUGUGAGACUUCUAGAUAAUUUUUUUCCUUCAAUGGUUUAUUUAUAAUUUCUUACAAAUCUUUCCAUGUCCACAUUAGCAGUAGCA